UUUGGCACCAGCACCCCGCCCAGAGCGGUGCCGCUGCCCAAAUCCUUGCAGGCGGCUCGUCAAGCACUUGCAACUCCGUGGAGAACCUGGGACCUGCCCGCCUGGUGUCGGUGGGUCCGUCUGCCCGGCCAUCUGCUGGUGGCACCUCGCCCUCCUGCAGCCUCCACCUCCUGCGAGCCCCACUCGCGGCUGCAGCUGCCCCCCGCCCCCGAGGGAGCUCAGCAUGCAGCCCACAGGCGUCGGGAACUUCUUGCUGCUCGCGUCCUCCCUUCUCCUCACAGAGCUGUCAGCUGUGCCUCAGAGCUUCUCGCCGUCUCUGAGGAGCGGCCCAGGCGAGGGGUGCCGGCUGUCGCGGGCGGAGUCCGAGCGCCGCUGCCGGGCGCCCGGGCAGCCUCCGGGGGCCGCGCUGUGCCACGGCCGCGGCCGGUGCGACUGCGGGGUGUGCAUUUGCCACGUGCGCCAGCCGGGCAUGUACCUCGGGCCGCUGUGCGAGUGCCAGCCGUGGGUGUGCGAGACCUACGACGGCAGCGUCUGUGCAGGCCACGGCAAGUGUGACUGUGGUAAGUGCGAGUGUGAGCCUGGAUGGUGGGGGGCUGCCUGCCAGUACCCCACUCACUGUGACCUGACAAAGAAAGAAAGCAACCAGAUGUGCAAGAAUUCUCAAGAUAUCAUCUGUUCGAAUGCAGGUACAUGUCACUGCGGCAGGUGUAAGUGUGAUAAUACUGAUGGAAAUGGACUCAUUUAUGGUAAAUUUUGUGAGUGUGACGAUAGAGAAUGCAUAGAUGAUGAAACAGAAGAAAUAUGUGGAGGCCAUGGCAAGUGUUACUGUGGAAACUGUUACUGCGAGGCUGGUUGGCAUGGGGAUAAAUGCGAAUUCCAGUGUGCUGUCACCCCCUGGGAGAGCAAGAGAAGAUGUACAUCUCCAGAUGGCCAAGUCUGCAGUAACAGAGGGACUUGCGUGUGUGGGGAGUGCUCCUGUCACGACGUCGACCCCACCGGGGACUGGGGCGACAUCCACGGGUCCACGUGCGAAUGUGACGAGCGGGACUGCCGGGCCGUCUACGACCGCUACUCUGAUGACUUCUGCUCGGGUCACGGGCAGUGUAACUGUGGAAGAUGCGACUGCAAAGCGGGCUGGCAUGGGAAGAAGUGUGAGCACCCGCGUUCCUGCCCGCUGUCGGCAGAGGAGAGCACCAAGAAGUGCCGGGGGAACUCAGACCUGCCCUGCUCGGGAAGGGGUAAAUGUGAAUGUGGCAGAUGCACCUGCUACCCCCCAGGGGACCGCAGGGUGUACGGCAGGACCUGCGAGUGUGACGACCGGCGUUGUGAGGACCUCGAGGGUGUGGUCUGCGGAGGCCACGGCGCGUGUUCCUGCGGCCGCUGCGUGUGUGAGCGAGGAUGGUUCGGGAAACUCUGCCAACAUCCACGGAAGUGCAACCUGACGGAGGACCAGAGCCAGAGCCUGUGCGAGGCGGCAGACGGGAGGCUGUGCUCGGGGAAGGGUUCUUGUCACUGUGGAAAGUGCAUUUGCUCUGCGGAAGAAUGGUAUAUUUCAGGAGAAUUCUGCGACUGUGAUGACAGGGACUGCGACAAACAUGAUGGUCUCAUCUGCACAGGGAAUGGAAUCUGUAGCUGUGGAAACUGUGAAUGCUGGGAUGGCUGGAACGGGAAUGCAUGUGAGAUCUGGCUCGGCACAGAAUAUCCUUAACAGUUCCAAGAGGAGGCCGGAUUCUUACUGUUCCAGGCCAAUAGAACAUAUAAAUGCUAAGGAAGCCAUGUAUAAUCCCUACGUGGACAGAUCAAACAGACUAUUGUAUGUUUUUCUAUUUCUGAAUGCCUGGAUGAAAUAUGGGUACCCAUUAAAAUGAGUUAAGCAAAUUCUGAUGUCAAUAACACCAGAAAGAAUUUUUCUUCCAUAAUUUACACCAGUGAUUCUCGAUGAGGGCAAUGCUGCCACCCAGGAACGUAUCACAAUGUCUGCAGACAAUUUUGAUUGUCAUGCUGGAUGGAGUGGGAGUGGGUGCUACAGGCCUUUAGUGGGCAGAGGCCAGGGAUGCUGCUUAACAUCUUACAGUGCAGGGGGCAGCCCGCAGGACAGGGAAUGAUAUGAUUCCAAAUGUCAGUCGUGCCAGGGCCGAGAAAUGCUGAGUUACACGGUUGUUAGAAAUGCAUGUCCCUAUAUAAGAAAGACAUAUUAGAGUGUAAAGACCCCAUUAGAAUCUAGCCUCACGCAAAUCCACUGAUCAUACCACUCAGGUUCCUUAUCACUGAGAAAUCCCACAGGGGGACAAUGAAGACCAACACACAAAGUGUGAGGUCUAGGGCCAGAGACUGGAUCACAAGUGCUUUUGAAAGAAAAAGGCUGAGUAGCUAGGAAGUAACCUGUCGAUUUUCACAUUCAGUUCACAAAAGGACAUUCUCUUAAGAUGAAAGAAGAAAUUAUAAAAAAUGUACAAUUGAACAUUUUUAAUAAAUAGCAACAUAAGUUGUUUACACUGUGUCAAUAUCUAUUUACCUACUGAUGAUUAAUAACAAAAAAAUGAAUUACUAUUCAGGGAUACUCAUUUUAUGUUACUAGAACAUUUUCUUUUGUUUUCAAAAGGGCAGAUGUUACAUGUACAAGGAAUUUGAUAUUUUACUAUUUAAAUUUCUACAUGGUAAGUUGCCUUUUAAAAAGAGAAAAUCUAGUUGGAUAUAUGAUGGGCCUGGAUAGACACUGAUUUCCCUGAAAACACUUUCUUGUUUCUCAGAAGACCUGUAUCUGGACAAGUUGGGGCAAGCAACUUGCAGAAGAGAUACUGUGAUAAAAUGGCCCCAGUCUCAAAAGCUCAGGAUAAAAAAAAAAAUCUAGAAUUGGCUUAAAUAGAAAUUACAAAUAUCCACUCAAUGAUAGGAACAAAAUGUUUAUUUCUUAAUGGUGAAAUUUUGCUUUGUAUGAAAUUCACAUUGAAUUAUGAAAAUGUACAGUAAUUUGGACUUCCCUUACAUAUUUACAGUUAAAUCUACUUAAACACAUUAGUUUAGGCAACCCUUAAUUAUUUAGAGCUAAAAAAACCCCACUUUUUUUCUAAACGUGAAUUAUAGUUUGUAAAAUCCUAGAAUAAUGUAACAAAAUCAUUUCCAUCUUGUAUAAGGUGAAAAUUUUUA